CAGCCACCAACUUCUGGGCCGUGACAUCACCAUCUCAACUCUGUUCCCUGUCGCGCGUGUUGCUCUCCCCCGCAGCGUGUCUUCGAUCGAAGUGAUUUCCCUCGAUUACCUGACGUCACGACGACGAAGCAACAAACCGCGGACGCAAAAUGGAGGGCUGCCGCUUCAUGAGAAUGGUUAUAAUAUCCAACCCCCCCCCCCCCCCCCGACCUGCCAAUCGAGACCAUACCAUCCUCGACUAGGUUUCCUGUCACCGAUCCAAAGCAACAAUGUCCGGCCUGGUACCCGAAUCCGUGCAGAAAGUGGCGCACGCCGCCCUCGGCUCCCGCGAGGGCGACAAGCUCAAGGACCUCGCCCACGACACCAAGGAUACAACCAACAAGGACCGCCUGACAACGGAUUAUGGCGUCAAACAGGGCACGGCCGAUGACUGGCUGAAGGUGGUCAGCAAGGACAAGACAGGCCCUAUGCUCCUCGAGGACCCCUUUGCCCGCGAAAGGAUCAUGAGAUUCGAUCAUGAGAGAAUCCCAGAGCGGGUGGUUCACGCCCGGGGAUCUGGCGCCUUCGGCAAGUUCAGGGUGUUUGAGAGCGCCGAAGACCUCACCUUCGCCCCCGUCCUGACCGACACGUCGCGCGAGACCCCCGUCUUUGUCCGCUUCUCCACCGUUGUUGGGAGCAGGGGGAGUGCCGACACGGUGCGCGACGUCCGCGGCUUUGCCGUCAAGUUCUACACCGACGAGGGCAACUGGGACAUUGUCGGCAACAACAUUCCCGUCUUCUUCAUCCAGGACGCCAUCAAGUUCCCCGACGUCAUCCACGCCGUCAAGCCCGAGCCGCACAACGAGGUGCCCCAGGCCCAGACAGCGCACAACAACUUUUGGGACUUCGAGUUCAACCACACCGAGUCUACACACAUGUUUAUGUGGGCGAUGAGCGACCGGGCCAUCCCUCGCUCAUUCCGCAUGAUGCAAGGCUUCGGCGUCAACACCUUCACGCUGAUCAACGCCAAGGGUGAGCGCCAUUUUGUCAAGUUCACCUGGACUCCGGAGCUCGGCGUCCACUCGCUCGUGUGGGACGAGGCGCUCAAGCUCGCCGGCCAGGACCCCGAUUUCCACCGCAAGGACUUGUGGGAGGCCAUCGCGAACGGCGUGUAUCCCAAGUGGAAGUUCGGUAUCCAGGCGAUCCCCGAGGCGGACGAGCACAAGUUCGACUUUGACAUUCUCGACGCUACCAAGGUCUGGCCCGAGGAUCUGGUGCCGACCCGCUACAUCGGCGAGAUGGAGCUGAACCGCAACCCGGACGAGUUCUUCACCCAGGUCGAGCAGAUCGCCUUCUGUACCAGCCACAUCGUCCCCGGCAUCGGCUUCUCGGACGACCCCCUGCUCCAGGGUCGCAACUUCAGCUACUUCGACACCCAGAUCUCGCGCCUGGGCAUCAACUUCCAGGAGCUUCCCAUCAACCGGCCGAUCUGCCCAGUCAUGAACUUCAACCGCGACGGCGCCCUCCGCCACACCAUCACCCGCGGCACCGUCAACUACUGGCCCAACCGCUUCGAGGUCUGCCCUCCGGCGAGCAAGGAGGAGGGCGCCUACGUCGAGUACGCGCAAAAGAUCGCGGGCAUCAAGGCGCGUAUGCGCAGUGACAAGUUCAAGGACCACUUCAGCCAGGCCCAGCUCUUCUGGAACAGCAUGUCGGCCGUUGAGAAGCGGCACAUCAUCAACGCCUUCGCCUUCGAGCUCGACCACUGCGAGGACCCGGUCGUCUUUGGGCGCAUGGUCCAGCGCCUCGCCGACAUCGACCUCAACCUCGCCGAGACGGUGGCCGAGCUGGUCGGCGGCGAGGCGCCCAAGCAGGGCCGGCCCAACCACGGCCGCCGCGCCCGGGCGCUCAGCCAGACCGAGUUCCCGGGCUCCGCUCCGACCAUCGCCUCGCGCCGCGUCGCCAUCCUCAUCGCCGACGGAUACGACCACGUGGCCUACUCCGCCGCCUACGCCGCCCUCUCGUCCGCCCUCGCCGUGCCCCUCGUCGUCGGCACCAAGCGCAGCAAGGUGACGGCCGCCAACGGCAGCUCGACGCAGCCGCACCACCACCUCGAGGGCUUCCGCUCCACCAUGGUUGACGCCGUCUUCAUCCCCGGCGGCGCCAAGUCGGUCGAGGCCCUCGCCAAGAACGGCCGCGCCCUGCACUGGAUCCGCGAGGCGUUUGGCCACCUCAAGACUAUCGGCGCCACCGGCGAGGCCGUAGACCUCGUCCAGGGGGCCAUCGCCCUGCCCAGCGUCUCGGUCUCGAGCUCGGGCGACGCGCACGAGAGCUACGGCAUCGUCACCCUCAAGGACCUCCGGCCCGAGAGCCUGACCGAGGCCGUCACCAUCGCCAAGGGCUCCGCCGGGUUCAUGGAGAAGUUCUUUUACGGCAUCUCGCAGCAUCGCUGCUGGGACAGGGAGCUGGAUGGUCUGAACACUCUGGUUGCGUAUUGAACGAAUGAACAAACAGUUAAUGAGGCAGGGAAGAGGGGGGAGGGCGGCGCAUUACUACUACUUCCUGUCGUGAUGAUAUGGUUUUCUUUCCUUUUCCCAAGUCAUUUUGAUUGUGAGAAUGGAUUGUAUGUAUGUAUGUACAGUACCUGUUUAUGUUCCAGUGUCUGGGUAAUGAUUAAUUAGUUGGGGUACGAAGCUCGGCUCUUGUACUUCUUCCAUUCUGACCCUACCUUGCUCGCUGCUUUGUUACUUUGUGUGGCCAGCGACUUGCCCAUAGUCAUAACACGCUCACCUGUCUUUGUUGUUCUUUCUCUGGGUCAUCACG